UGUCGCAGCCGUUGGGUUCAAAUCAAGGUUAGAAAAACCAACAAACCGCUCUCAUGACAAAAGAUCAGGACAUUCAACAACGACGUAAGAUUUAAGGCCUUUUGCACGUGACAAAAAUUUAGUUGUAAUUAGCAAGAUAGCAAGUCAACCAAUCAGGUCAAAGCAGUUUGCCGAAUAUAAUUGUAUAUAUGUAAUUUGAAAAGCUUCUAGAAAGAAUGAAUUUGCCACGAGUGUAUUUUGACGUAGCUGCAAAUGACAAGUCAUUGGGACGAAUUGUAAUCCAAUUGCGUCCCGAUGUCGUACCAAAGACGGCAGAAAAUUUUCGCGCUCUAUGUACAGGAGAAAAGGGCUUCGGUUACAAUGGAAGUAGUUUUCAUCGUGUGAUUCCGAAUUUUAUGUGCCAAGGAGGUGAUUUCACGAAUCACAACGGCACAGGCGGACGGUCUAUUUACGGUGAUAAGUUUGAAGAUGAAAAUUUUGAACUCAAACACACCGGCGGCGGUAUACUGUCAAUGGCUAACUCCGGUCCGAACACAAAUGGAUCACAAUUUUUUAUUACCACUAUAAAAACACCUUGGCUAGACAACAGACAUGUUGUGUUUGGCGGUGUUAUUGAAGGUAUGGACAUUGUAAAAAAGAUUGAAAAUUUUGGUUCGCCAACUGGCAAAACAAGUCAGAAAAUCACAAUAGCAGACUGUGGCCAAUUGUGUUGAGCAUUGUAUGAAAUUUAUAUAUAUAUAUACAUAUAUAUAUAUAUAUAUGUAUAUAUAUAAUAUACAUAAAAUAAGUUCACAAAUAUAUAUUCAUUUUUUUCUAAAUCUGUGUUCACUUAAUGUUGUAAGUAUAUAGAGUCUUGUAAUAUUUAAUACUGGCAAACAGGACAUAGUUUUUUUUAUAAAAAAGAAAGAUAAAUGUUGUACAAAGCUGUACAUAUUUUUAAUGUAUGUCAUAUGUCCUGUUUGACAGUUAACGAGUGAGUAAAGGAUCGUAUGAGAAUGUCAUUUAAUAUGAUAUAUAAUAGGUUGUUAUUUUUUGUACAGUUGAAUUAAUUAAUUUAUACAAUUAUUCAGAUUUUUCU